AUGCGGUUUAUAGAAUACUCUUUGUUUUCUCUUGCCCUGAUUUCCCCAGGUCUUGCAGCAGUGUUGCCUUCUUGGAAUUCGUUUCCUGGUCAUGGGCCAGCAAUAGACAACCGUACGUUGGACGAGAUAUAUGCAUCGGCACAGAAGGAAGGUGGAGUGCUGAAUGUCCUGUCGGGGGGGGAUGAGAUCAAGCAAGGGAAUUCAACCAUCACUGCGUGGGAAGCUAGAUUCCCAGGCAUCAAGCUGAACUUGACUGUUGAUGUUUCCAAGUAUCAUGACAGUCGUAUCGACCGUCAAUUUGAGAAGACUGGUAGUGAUGGCGCCGAUGUCGCUAUCCUGCAAACCUUGCAUGACUUCAAGCGUUGGAAGGCGGCGGGCAGAUUGUUGCCGUAUAAACCUGCCAAUUGGGAGGAUAUAUAUUCAUCCCUGAAGGAUCCUGGUGGUGCGUUUACCGCAAUAUCUAUUAGUAUUCUCACCCGUACAGAUCAAUUUGGCGCCAUAAAAGGGCAACUGGUUCUAACUUAUCCAAAUGACGAUGACGCGGUUGCAUAUCUCUUCUCAACAAUUAUCGACAAGUACGGGUGGGAAUGGUUUGAAGCACUUGCACAGCAAGAUGUCCAGUGGAUUCGCGGCACGGGUCAACCUUCGGAUGUUGCAUCUGAAGCUAAUAGCAGUCAUGUCCUAACAUUCACUUCCAAUCCGACCGGCGCUCAAAAUCUCGCCACCAAAGUAUUAAAUGAGCCACGUUUGCUUUGGCCACAGAGUGCAGCAAUUUUUGCUAGCACAACAAAGCCAGAGAGUGCCAAGCUGUUUCUGAGCUGGCUAGUGAGUGAGGAGCGUCAGCAGACUCGCGUAUCUCAGGGAUCGUAUGUGCCCCUUAAGAGCCUCAGUCUCAACUCAACUGCUGGGCCCGUUUGGAAUGAUCCAUAUACCGGCGUAUCUCAAUUCGCUGUUUUCAUGGACGAUAGAACCACAUUGGAACGUUGGCGAUUCCAAUUUGAGACCACCUUAGGAACCCCACAAGGUGUAAGUCCUGUCCUAUCAGUUCUGGGGAGCGCACCCUAA